AAAAUUUGCCUUAAUUGGCCGAAAUGUCCGGGCUUUCCUUUCGUUUUGUUUGUUCGUCCCUGGCUGAAGGAAGGGACGAGAGCCAGAGAGGCGCUACAGCGAGCAGACGAGCUAGCGUGCUAAUUUGAUCUAGCCGAGCGUGAGGAGUACAAAGGACUGCUUCUCCUUGAACCCAAAGAUCAAGCAAGUGGAGAUAUAUAGCCAGAUUUGAUUUCAGAGAACAAAGAAGCAAGCUAGGCCGCAUAUUGCAAAAAAUGGUGUUUUUGGAGAUUGGAAUGAAUGAAGACAUUGUAGUCCCUUUUCAUAUGCUCGAUCUCGAAAGGCUUCCUCUUCCGAAGGUUAUACUCCUCAACCUCCUCCAUAGAAUUAGUUGUCGGAAAGCAUCCAAUGAACAUGGCUACUAUAUUGCAAUCACCACUUUGCACACCAUUUCCGAAUUGCAUCAAGAUGAGGAUACUGGUGCUAUCUUGUUCACAGUAUCCUUAAGUUGCACUACAGUGAAGCCUUGCAAGGGUGAGAUCUUAAUUGGCACCGUAACUAGGAUUUUGGAGGAUGGCAUUAUUCUCAAAUAUGGACCAAUGAGUAACAUUUUGCUUUCAGAAACAAGGAUGAAUGACUACGAACUCGACAUGUCUGAAGAGCCUAUGUUUUUAAAUGUGAACGGAUUGUCAUACAUAAAGAAAGGCACUAAGGUGAGAUUCAAAGUUCUCGACAUUAAAUGGAUUGAAAGGGAAAAGGAUUUUAUUAUUUGGGCAACUAUUUUAGGUGAUUAUCUUGGACCAAUUUGAGCUUAUAUGCUCAUUAUUUGGAAUUCUAGCUAAUCUUGUGGUGUAAGAGAUUAUGCUUUUAUCUUGGUGGGUAUGCUUUUAUCGAAUGACAAUUUAUAGAAUUGAAUGUUAUGUACCCUUUUGAAGCAAA